AUGGACAAUUUACCUUUUGGAGUACGUUUCUGCCCCACAGAUGAAGAGUUGAUCACGCACUAUCUAAAAAACAAGGUAACGGAACAGCCAUUACCAUCAGACAAAUUCACGAUAGAAAGAGAUAUCUAUGGGGAGAACGAGACAGCAACGCCUUGGAUUCUGUUUGGCGAGGAUGCUCCAUGGCAGACACCAGUGGUGGAUGCUUUUGGUAAGGUGUUUGUUCAUCAGAAGGUACUCUAUGUUUUCACAAAGCUGUUGAAUGUUGGAAAGUCCAGCGACAAGAAUAAGAAGAGAAUCGCGGGUUGUGGCAAUUGGCAUAACAAUUCGGCACCAGAGCCUAUCAUGAAGAACUGGGGAUGGGGUUAUCAGCUGAUUGGCAACAAAGGACGUUCACCUAUCGAUCCAAGGAGGAGACUGUCGGCCAUUGGACGAUGCACGAGUAUGAGCUUGGUGGUGCAAAUAAAGAGGGAUGACUCGAAAAGCUCCAAGGGAGGAAGACUUCUAUCUUGGAAGAAUUCCAGGUUUGCCAUGGUGCAAUUUAAUGAAGAUGACGAGGUAAUAGUCGAACCAGUGAUGGGAAAUUCAGUUCCUAAGGCAACAUUAGGCAAGAGAAAAUCAGUUUCUGGGGAAGGCAAACAACCUGAGGAGACUGAGAAUUUCAGAAGAGGUUAUAUCCAGUAUCGUGGAGAUGGGAUUGAAUCUUCUGGCUUGAAAUUAGUCCAGGAGGAGUCAAGUACAAGUGUUAACAACUACUCAAACCCGUUUGAUCUGAAGAAUGUAAAGCAAGGAAACUCAAACGGGGAUUCUUCAUCAACUAUGGAUGAUUUGUUUCAAUUUCAACCUGUAAAUUUGUCGUGA